GAGCACACCUACGGAACUACCUAGUGAGCCAUAGAAGCAUGUCCGGCCGGCCGUCCUACUAAGCCCCGGCCAUCCACGGUGGCCAUGGCGAACUCGCACAUGUUCAGCCUGCGCCGGAGCAAGGCUAACUUCAACCGCAUCAUCUCGCUCUUCUCCGGCGUCUUGGCGGCUGGCAAGUGGUUCGACAACAUUUGCAAGUGGAAGAACCCGCUGACUACCAGCCUCGUCCACGUGUUGUUCUUGAUCCUUGUGUGCUACCCGGAGCUGAUCUUGUCGACGGUGUUCUUGUACAUAUCCCUGAUCGGGGUGUGGAACUACCGGCGAAGGCCGCGUAACCCACCGCACAUGGACACGGUGUUGUCGCAUGCGGAGCAGGCGCAGCCGGACGAGCUGGAUGAGGAGUUCGACACGUUUCCGACGUCCAAGCCGGGCGAUGUGGUGCUUAUGAGGUAUGACCGGCUGAGGAGUGUCGCCGGCAGGGUGCAGACGGUGGUCGGUGACCUGGCCAUGCAGGGAGAGCGCGCCCAGUCCCUGCUCAACUGGCGCGACCCUAGGGCCACCGCUAUGUUCAUCACAUUCUCAUUCAUCAUCGCCAUCGUGCUCUACGUAACGCCAUUUCAGGUGGUGGCCGUCCUCGCUGGCCUGUACCUCCUCGGGCACCCCCGGCUCCGGAGCAAGCAGCCGUCGGCGCCCUUCAACUUCUACAAGCGUCUCCCAGCCAAGGGUGAUAUGCUCCUAUGACCAAGCCAUUGAUUUUCUUGCAUGGAGUUUACACUUUUAUUAGUAUACCACUAGGUAACUGCCCGUGCAUUGCAACGGGAGAACAAUAGUCAUUUAUGCAUUGGUGAUAUAUUUAGGUCAUGCUUUCAAAAAUAAAUCAACCAAGAGCUCUUUACCCUCCUAUUGGUAUCGUAUAAAACAUGUGCAAUACAUGUAUUAGUUGAUGAAAUAGACAUAUAUAGAUUGUAUAUAGUUAAACCCACAUGCAUUGCUAUGGAGAAAAAAAAAUAGGAUCACCGAAAUGCAACUUUCUCAUUUCCUAAUUAAUCUGGGGCACCUUGUUCCACCAUCAACUAUCUUUUCACUCAAGAACCAACAAAACCUAGUUUAGUGUGA